UAUUCAGUCUGCAUCAGUUUCUCUACAAGCCUAAAAAUGAAGCUUCACUUCGCUCUUUUCACCCUCGCCGUUUUAAGCACAGUAGCUCUGACAUCAGCUCAAGCCCUCGCUGCCAAUCAAAACCAAGCCGCGAAUGGCAACUCGAAUGGUAAUUCAAACAAUAACAAAAACGUCAAUGACAAUACCAAUGACAAUAGCAAUAUCAGCGGACAGACCAGCAACCAGGCCAGUGCUCAAGGACAGGCACAGGGAUCAGCACAGGGACAGGCACAAGGUCAGUCACAAGGACUAGGACUAGGAGGAGGAUCAGGUUAUGGUGCUGGAAGUGCACUGGGUGCUGGCUACGGUGCUGGAAGUGCACUGGGUGCUGGCUACGGUGCUGGAAGUGCGCUAGGCUCCGGUUACGGUGCUGGAAGUGCGCUAGGCUCCGGUUACGGUGCUGGAAGUGGACUUGGUCUCGGCUUGGGAUAUGGUUCUAGAUAUGGGCAGGCAUUGAGCCCAGGAUAUGGAUUGGCAGCAUCCAUAAUUCCAGCAUACGCAAUUGGCGCUAAUUUAGCAGGACAAGCAAUAAGCAAUGGGAUAUCAGGUGCAGCAAACGCAGCUGCUGCAGGAUUUGGUGCUGCUUCAGGAUAUGGUGCCGGCUUAGGAUCAGGAUAUGGAGCUGGUUUGGGGGCUGCCGCGGCAAAUGCAGCAGGUGGAGCAGUAGGUUCAGGAGCCGGUGCAGCAGCGUCAGCAACGGCAGCAGGUGCAGGGGGAUACUAAGUAUGCCAUAAUACGGUGUACUCAAGUAUUUUACAAAACGUGUAAUUUCAUAAAUAAAAGAGCUUUCACUUGUAAAAACAUUCAAAUUUGAAAGGUCUUAAAUAAAUAUUUUAGUGCCUUUUGAAA